UAUAUUAGAACAGAAUUUCAGGACAUAUGACAAUAAUCUAAAUCGGAUUACUAAGAUUCAACAACAGCAUGUAAUUAAUUAGUGUAAGAUAUGACAGUUGUGACUGAUGGUACUACAGAAAGCAAUAGAUGGCGAUACAAACAAAAUCUUUAUGGUAAGACGAUGAACUGACAACCACAGGAGUAAUUCUGAGGAAAAAUGACUAAUUUAACAAAUUUAUUGUUGAAAUAUAUAACUUCGCCGGAGGAAGCAGCCUAUGUACUGGACUUUCUAAAAGAGCAGAACUAUUCGGUUCAAAAUCAAAAUGAUCUUAUCAGCCUUAUCAAAAAUCUUCAUUAUAACGAAUCGAACACGCCUUCAGGUACACUGUAUGCAACUGAUGACAUGUUGAAACUGUAUAUAUCACCACUUUUACUUGUACUAGGAACCAUUGGUAAUAUACUUGCUUUCGUCGUCUUGGUGAAAAAUUCACAUAAAGUAUCAACAUACCACUAUCUGUACGUGCUAGCUGUAAUGGAUAUACUCUUGUUGAUGACUAACUUAUUACAAGUUUGGAUUAAGCAAUUAACCGGUAUAUUAAUUCAAAACGAGGCUGAUUGGUUGUGCAAAUUGUUCGUGUUUGUGGGAUUUUUCAGCAGUGAUGCAAGCGUUUGGUUGAUAAUUGCCGUCACAGUUGAACGCUGGAUUGCCGUCCAGAUGCCUUUAAAAACGUCUAUGAUAUGCACUCCUAGGCGAACAAAAUUGUCGGUUAUUCUUGUGCUGGCAGUUAUAGCCUCAUUAAAUUCACAUUUCUUGUGGUCAGUGGGUAUACAAACAACCAACGGUACAGGUACAUCUAUAACAUAUGAAUGCGCACCUUCACCAGCAUAUGCAACGCUUAUCAAUACUGUAUGGCCCUGGGUUGAUGCAAUUAUCUAUUCUUUCUUACCUUUUGUGAUCAUAAGUGCUGUUAAUUUUAUGAUUAUCAAUACCGUUUGUAAGGCGAGGCGCAGGCGAGAAACACUGUUAUUAUCGUCUAAACAGAAGAAAAUAGAAACUCGUAGAGCUAAUAGUAAACUUACAUUAAUGCUGUUAGCACUUUCAUUUUCCUUUCUUUUCUUAACAUUACCAAUGAACAUAAUGAUGAUAGCAGUAGUUUUCUGGAAUAAAGAAAACCACUCAGCGGAAGAAAAUUGGACAUUCACCUUAAUCAGAACGAUAACAGAAUUACUCAUGUAUACCAAUCAUACUGUAAAUUUUAUGUUGUAUUUCGUUACCGGGCAGAGGUUCAGACAACAGUUUGUUAAAAUUUUUAUUCCCUGCUACACCUCAUGGUUUACUGCAAAUGAAAACGAACGAACACAACACAAUACACACCACAUGAAGCGUGUAUCUUCAUGGAACAGUGACAAGAACAUAAAAGACGAUAUUGCAAAACCAAGUUUUAUACGCUCAAACAAUAUGAAACAUCGUCAUGGACAGUAUGUUUAGAACAGUAAUUGAAAUAUAGAUUGAAUAAUCUUUCAGUUUUAAUUUCAAAAUUUGUAUUUUAAAUUUACACAAUGAACAUCAAGCAGACUUGGAUAUAAAUGAAAUAAGUAUAGAGCUUUGUCCGUAACUUGAAUGAAAUAAAUGUUCAAUAGUAA